GCUGAGAGGGGCCUGUGAGCGGCUACGAGCGCUAUUCCUCGCAAGAGCGGGACAAUUCGAUAGCCCUCGUACGCCCUCGCGACGUGCAGCAUCGAUUCACAGCGCAGAGCCAACCCACUCGCAUCGUGAGCCGCCAGGCAGCAGGAGGGGACAUUCACAGGACGCCGUCGCAGCGUAAAAACCAUGCGCAUCACCGUCCACAACGCCGAAAACCAGCAGCGCUUCGCAAUCGCCCUGACCCUCACGGACCGAUGGCUCACGACCAAGACCGCGGCCGACGUCGUGCGCCUCUUCCUCAAGCGCUUCGACGCCAAGUAUGGUAUGAAGUCGACGGAUGCCUUCGGGCUCGCGGUGCGGGGUGGCGACGCGAUCGCGCCGAACCAACCGCUCGGCGCGGCGCUCGGGAGCCACACGGACCUCGAGCUGCGCCGCGUGGAAAGCAGCGACGAUGCGCUCGCCCAGCUGAGAAAGCUGGAGACGAUGGAGGAAGCAGCAGUUUCCAAAGCGUACCGGGCGCUCGCGCGGGGAGAGGGAGACGGUUUAGUGCGGGACUUAUCAAGGGUCGACGCAAAGACGCUCGACGCCGCGCUGCAAACUUUCUUGGAAGAAGAUAGUGCAAGGUGGGCCCUCGCGCGCGAGGUCUACCGCAGCAGCGCGUUCGUCAGAGCGCUCAGAGGCAGAAGCAUGCCUUCUCCAUUGACGCUCCCGCGGCGUUGCGAAAUCCUCGAGCCGCUCGGCGCUUCGAUAGAGGAGCGGUCUUCGUGGAGGCGGCCGCCGGCCGACGCCGCCGCGGAGGGCGCCGCGGCCCUCAUCCUCGAGAAGGCUCCCGACGCGAGGCGACGCUGCGAGCUGACGCCCUUAGCUUUUUGGGCGCAAAACGCACUAAGCUCGAACGACGUCGUCCUGACGCGCGAGGCCGUCGACGAACUCGCUUCCUAUAUGAGGGAGCGGCUGGAAUUGCGGCCCGUCGGCUUCCGGCCCGCCGCCGUCGAGAUGGGUUCAAAGCCGCGCCUCGCGCGCUUCCUGGGCCGGGACGUCGUCGAAGCCGGCAAUGCUGCGAUGCCCGAGCUCAUCGAAGCGUACCGGCCCACGUUACUACUCAACUGCUGGAACUACGGCAAUGCGCCGUGGCUCACACAACUCAAAGGCACGGUACCGGACCCCGACUUUCCUUGUGACGUGCCGGAAUACGUGCUGAUCGGGCCCACGGCCGAGCUCAUGCCACUGGUCAAGGCGACGGCGUUGAGAUUGAAACGGGACGCGCCCCUCGACAAAAAAAAAAGUGGGUGGGAGGCCUUCGAGGGCUACGACGCGGUUCACAUCGAGCGCGUCUCGCGGAAGCUCCUGCACGUCGCCGAUUCCAACGAGAACAAGUACGGCCACGCCUGCUGCGUGGCCUUCCGCGCGGCGGACUGUCGGCUGUCGAUGUUCCGCACGCAUGCCGAAGUCGCCCACUCGAAGGCCCAGGGCGUCGUCGCGCGGGCCUACGCGAACGCCCAGCGGGGCGUGGUGGGGACGCCGGAUGAUUUAAGGGAGUUGGACGAGGCGCAGCGCGUCGUGCGUUCUACCGACCGGACCGUGCGGGACGGCGUCCGGACGCCGCUGCGGACCGUCUAAUUUUGUGUAGUCUUC